ACAAUAUAUCGAUUGUGGUAAAGUUCCAACUAUGGAAGAACUUAAGGAUAGAGAAAUUGGUUUUGGAGAAUGGGUCAAACCGGGGAAGAGUCCUAUAGGUGUUAAAAUACAUUUAGGAGUUCCUGCAUCAGAUGCGUUCCGCAAAACUGAAGAUGUAAUGGAUUCUUUGGACGUAUUAGGGAAUGAAAAUUAUUUACUAAACUAUCAACCACAUUCCAACACAAUUGAUAUUCUUUACCAUUCUGAUGCCGAAUCCAACGACGUGAUAAAGUCCAUACUUCAUUCGCUUAAAUUUCACGACUAUGUAACUAAACAUAAUAUGGCACAAAUGAACUCUGAAGACAUAACUCAGCGUAUCAGAGAGUCAAUGCGAGAAAGCCAUAAGUGGACGAAUGAAAACUUUGGAAGGUUUGUGGCGGAAUUAGAUGACAAAGAUUGGCAGAGUGAUGUGAUUUUUUGGUCAGACAAGUAUGUUUUCAAAUGUUUUCAAAUUUUAAAUAAAACCUAA